AUGCAGGGCUUCAACAUGGGACGAUAUGUCCCCCCAGAUCAAGAAGGCGUGACAACGGGAAACAAACUCGCGGGGAAGCACGCUCUCGGCGCGCGCGCGCGCCACCUGCACACAACCGGCGCAUUAAUCGUGCGCUUCGAAAUGCCUUUCGCGGUAUGGUGCGAGACCUGCAAACCACACCCCAUAAUAAUUGGUCAAGGCGUGCGCUUCAACGCAGAGAAGAAAAAAGUCGGCAACUAUUACUCGACGCCGAUUUACAGCUUCCGCAUGAAACACACCGUCUGCGGCGGAACCAUCGAAAUCAGAACAGACCCUCAGAACACUGCGUACGUUGUGACCGAAGGCGGGCGCAAACGAGACACCGGCGAAGACAAAGAACUGCAGCCUGGCGAAAUCGCCAUCAAACCGUACGCGCGAGAGAUGGAUCCCGCUGAGAAAGAUCCUUUUUCGAAGAUUGAGGGGAAGAUUGAGGACAAGCUUCGUGCGAAGACGGAGGCGACUCGAAUUCUUGAGCUUCAGGAACGGCAGAAGCGUGAUUGGGAGGACCCGUAUGAGAAGUCUAUGCGGUUGCGGAGGGCCUUUCGGCAGGAGAGGAAGGGACUUGAGAAGACGGCGGCGAAGACUGAGGCCCUUAAGGAUAAAAUGAGUCUUGGGAUUGAGCUGUUGGACGAGACGGAGGGUGAUCGGCAGAGAGCCCGCAUGGUGGAGUUUGGUGAGAACCUGGUUGAUGUCGGCUCGCAUGCUUCCCGCGUGACUCGUGUUCGACCUAUGUUUGAGCAGCCGGCGGAAACGCCUGCACGAAAGACAGGACCGGGAGAAAAGAAAUCUCGUUCCUCAAAGCGACCUCGGAAGGAUGAUCUGGUUGCGACACGGAAAGAUUCUCUCCGCCGUGAGCUGGCUGGGAAUACCCGUGCUAUUAUUGAUCCGUUCUUGGUGAAUGAUGCAGAGAACGCAUGGCAACCUAAGAAGAGGAAAACCGUCGCCGCUUCGACUCCAUCACUCCGUCAAGAUUCCAGUGGCAUAGAACUUGCUUCCUCUGCCGGGGCACCGACACCAACACCAGCGCUGGUUAGCUACCCUUCCGACUCGGAGUGA